UAAGCAGGAAGAUCUAUGGAUACUUCUAAGCUUUUUUCGUUCUUCUGGUCAUUCUCAGUUUCAGUAACGCUUCCACUCAUUAUUGCACUGCUAACUUGUGUCUAUUUCUUCAGUGGACGAAAGGCAAAGCCAAAGCUGCCGCCGGGGCCACGAGGGCUACCUGUUUUGGGUAGUCUGCUGGACCUCGGUUCGAAUCCCCACCAGUCUCUUCACGCUCUUUCCAAGCGCUAUGGUGGCCUCAUGUAUCUCAAACUGGGCACCACCCCCGUUAUUAUUGCUUCCUCCCAGGAGGCCGCAACUGCCAUUCUCAAGACAUUUGAUUCCGAUUUCUCUAACAGACCUCAGAGCGGAUCAGCGGCAGCGGAUAUUCUCUUGUACAAUAGAAGCGACAUCACCUGGUCUCCUCACUGGCCUUUUCUGAGAAAGCUCUGCAUUUUCCACCUCUUGACCCCCAAAUGUUUGGAUAAGUGGCAGGAAUCCCGAGAAGAGGAAAUGGCUCCGUUGCUCGACUCCAUUUUUAAACAGAGAUCGAAUUCUGUAAAUGUGGGAGAUUUUGUUAAUGUCUUUACUUGUAAUGUUAUUGGACAGAUGACGCUCAGGAUGAAACUCUUUGACGAGAACAACGCGGAGGCCGAACAUUUCAGAGAACUAAUGGAGGGUUCCUUGACUGCGGCCGCUCGUUUUAGGAUUGGGGAUUUCGUUCCUUUCUUAGAGCGGAUUGGCUUGGGCGGUUCUCUUGAUGAAAUGAAGAGCCUGCACAAGCGUUUUGAUGAAUUUAUGGUGAGGAAGAUUGAAGAAAAGAGGCGUAUUCCUCUGCCCCCUGACGACGAUGAUAAAAAGGACUUUCUACAGAUUCUCCAUCUGCUCAAAUAUAAUUCAGCAGGAGAUGGGCAACAGCUUUCCGAAUCUAAUAUCAAAGGAAUUUUAGUGGACAUGAUUUCGGCAGGAACGGACACUGCUACCCGAACGGUAGAAUGGGCGAUGUCCGAGCUGAUCCGCUAUCCCCAUCUCAUGAACAAAGUCAGAGACGAAGUGGACGCAUGCGUGGGAAUGGAUGAGAGAGUAACAGAAUCUCAUCUUCCUCAGCUUAAGUAUUUACAAGCGGUUGUGACAGAAACUCUUCGACUGCAUCCUCCAACUCCACUUAUGCUUCCUCACGCAUCUCCAGACAGUUCAAGGGUGAUAAUGGGGCAUUUCAUUCCCCCCAAUUCACAUGUCAUGGUGAAUGUGUGGGCCGUAGCAAGAGAUCCAAACUCAUGGGAGAGGCCAUUAGAAUUUGACCCAGAUCGGUUUGUGGACAAUCCCGUUAAUCUGGAUGGACGAGAUUUUCGAAUAAUACCGUUCGGCGCAGGGCGAAGAAUGUGCCCGGGCUAUAAUCUGGGGCUUCGUAUGAUUCAAUUUGCGCUUGCAAGCUUUGUUCAUGCAUUUGAUUGGUCACUUCCACCUGGUGAAGAACCCCAAGAUUUGGACAUGAAUGAGAAAUAUGGACUCUCAAUUCACAGGAAUGUUCCUCUCAAUCUUUUCGCGACUCCUCGUCUGCCGACCCAUCUCUAUAACAGUCAACAAAAAGCGGGUCACAUGUAAUUGUUUACUCGCAGCUCCUGUCCUCUUUCUUCCUUCCUUCCUUCCUAAGCUUUUUGUCUGUCGUCGGUGUUGGUUUUAAUAGUAACAUUGUAUAUAUAUCAGUACUUCUUAGAACAAGGUUGUAGCACAUAUUUAGCCGACAGGAUUUUUUGUUUUGUUGAGGAACUCCUCCAACAAUUCGAUAAGUCUCACGCUGAUAAAUUGCUACUGCCACCGGAAAAGGAUUUGUGUCAGUAAUACUGUCUUUGUAAUUGCAUAUACAUUUUGAAAAUCAUAAUUAUAGUUGCUGUGGCUAACAAAUCGUGCCUGGCAAGGCACGGCAUG